CCACCAUGCUGGCCUCGAUCAAAGGCGCGACAGGCCAAGUGAUCAAGGUCCACCCGCAGCCAACGACAGGCCAAGUGAUCAAGGUCCAAUCGCCGCCGACGGCCGAGCAAGCCCACCCCGAGGCCCCCAACGCCAUCACGUGCAAGGUCAACGACGUGGCGGUGGCCGAAGUCGCACCGCGCGACUGCGCAACUGCCUUGCAUGUCUGCUGUCACGGCCUUGUGAGCGUCAUGGCCGGGCAGUACUAUGGGUGGAACGCCGCCUUGGCGACGGGCUUUGUGCCCUAUGUCGCGUCGCAGCUCGUCAUGAGUGUCACGUACGUCAUCUACAUGUCGUGCGCGGCUGAAAUAUGCGGCAAAAUCGCCUUCUCGGGCGGCACGUACGGCUUGUCGCGGGUCACCUUGGGGUACUAUUGCGGCUACAUGGUCGGGUUCCUUGAGCUCCUCGAGUACACAGCGUCAACCGCCGUCUCGGUCCUCUUUAUUGGCGAGCUUUUCACGAGCGACCUCGGCUGGGACAAGCGCUUCGAGCCGUUGAUCUGGCUCGCUUGCUAUGCAUCGUUCGUGGCAUUUUACUCGCUUCCGGGACGCAUCAUGUGGAACGCUUCGAUAGGCUUUGCACUGCUGUGCUAUGCCCCGGCCGUGCUCUACAUUUUUGGGAGCCUCAAAUUCGCCAACCUCCGUCAAUUUGGCUAUUUGUUGGACCCGGUCGACAACACGACGCAUGUCUGGGCCUCGGGAGAUAUCUCAAGUGCAUAUUUUGCAUGGCUGCCGUACACAACAUGGGCAUUUGCCGGCAUCGAGUGUCUCUCGCUCGUGACCGAUAUGACGGUGCAGCCAAAGACGACGAUUCCGCGCGGUAUCCUUGGCGCCGUCGCCCUCCUCUUUCUCUCAAACGUCGGCAUGGUGUGCCUUGUGCCAUCGCUGCCCCCAGGAAUUGCGGCCGCGACGACGGUCAUGUAUCCGCUCAACAACGGUCUCGCGAUGGCGUACGGCAUUUCUGAAGGCGUUGGCACGUGGCUGCUCUUGCCCGCGCACAUGGGCAUGGCUGCUGGGUUUGUCUUGCCAUGUGGGCGAUUGAUUCAAGCGCUGGCCGACUCGACGCUGCUACCGCCAUGGCUCGGGCUCAAGAAUUUGGGGCACCGCGGACUGACGCGCGCCAUGAUCCUCUCGUGUGGCUUUGGCUACGUUCUCUGCAUUUUGAGCUACUUUAGCCAGGACUUUUGCAGCGCACUCCAAAAUAUGUUUCUUCUCGUUGGCUCGUUGUGCUAUGGCGCCCAGCUGCUCGGGUUCAUCUUGCUACGGACAACGUACAAGGCCGAAAGCAACGGGUUCAAAGCCCCGUUUGGCUUGACCGGCGCCGUCUUUGCCAUGGUCGUUUACAGUCUGCUAGCAAUCUCGAUCAUUGGUGGGUUUCAAAAUGAUCAUGGCACGGCGGGGCUCGCCGCGCUCGGGUACUGCCUCUUGCUGACGGGGUACUACUACUAUGCGUGCAAGGACCGGCAGACCAUCUCGAAAGACGAAUAUGCCUCGAUUUUCCGCUUUACCAUCAUUAAAUUCAACAAUCUCAAACGAAAAGCCGCGCGACGCGUCCAGCGCAAGCCCCGUUUCUGGCACAAAGUCGUGUCAAUGCUACGGUCGUCGACGCUCCUCUCGACCAAUCGCGUGAGCUACAUCAACGUUGGCGUGCGCCAAGGGAGCGCACCACGUCGCCCGGCACCGCCCUACCCCGCAACACGAUAGUCCGAUACCUCAGGUUGCGUAUUUGUGUAGUAUCUUUGUAUAGCACCACAAUGAGAUCUCUAUUAGACUCACUUUAACAAUAAGAUCUCUAUCGUAUAUGCA